AUGAAGAAGCUUCCAGGCAACCUGUUGAUCGAGGCGGCGUCGAGGCGGGGCAGCGUGGCUGAUGCGCAGCGCGCCUUUGACACCAUUCCCGCCCCCAACCUCUACUCGUGGAACCUGCUGCUGGCCGCAUAUGCCCAGAAUGGGCACCUGUGGCAGGCGCGCCGCGUCUUGGCCUGCAUGCCCGCACCCAACGUCGUCUCGUGGAAUGUGCUGCUGUCCGCCUGCUCCCGCCGCGGCCGCCCAGAUGAGGCGCGGCAGCUCUUCCACUGGAUGCCGCAGCACGACACGGUGAGCUGGAACACGGUGGAGCAUAUGUUCGCGGCCAGUGGCCACUGCCGCGACGCGCGGCAGACGUUCGACGCCAUGCCCCAGCGCAGCGUCCUGUCGUGGAACACCCUCGUCUCCGCCUACGCCUUCCAGCGCCAGCUGCGGGACGCCCGCCUUGUCCUCGACCUCAUGCCCGCUCGCAACUCAAUCUCCGUCAACACUAUGAUCAAGGGCUACGCGUCUGCCGGCGCACUGCACGCCGCGGCGCUGCUCUUCUCUGCCAUGCCCAAUCGCGACCUUGUGUCGUGGAACUCGAUGCUCACCGCCGCCAGCUGCUGGCAGCAGCACCAGCGGCUGUGGCAUCGGAUGCCGCGGUGGGACGUGGUGUCGUGCAACGCGCGGAUCCAGGCGUGCUUGGGCAGCAGCCUUCACGCGGACGAGGGGGCGGCCACCUUCUGGGCCAUGCCUGGCAGGGACGUGGUGAGCUGGAACACGGCGGCGGCGGGCUACGCGCGGCUGGGCCGCCCCCGCCACGCCCGCCGACUGCUGGAGCUGAUGCCGCAGCGGGACCUUGUGUCCGCCAACUGCUGGCUGCAUUACUGCUGCCACACACCCGGCGCCACCAAGCUCGGCUUCGAUGCCAUGCCCCAGCGCGACAGCGCGUCGUGGAACUCGAUGCUCGCCAGCUGCGAGCUGCCGGUCGCCGACGAGCUCUUCUGGCGGCGGAUGCCUGCUUGGGACGUGAUCUCGUGCACGCUCAUGGUGGCGGCCUAUGGCAGGAGCCUGGGUGGCAUGGACGCCGCGGGCCGCGCGUUUGCCGCCAUGCAGCACAGGGACGUUGCGGCGUGGACCGCCAUCAUCUCGGCGUAUGCCACGCACGGGGACUGCGCCCGCGGGGUUGCUGGAGCAAGGCGCUGCAUGCUUGGCCGCCGCCGGUGUCACCGUUGCGGACGAGCAGCACUACUCGUGCUGCGUCGACAUGCUGGCCCGUGCUAA